AUGGCGUCUUCUCGAGUGUCUUGUGUGUAUGUAAUUGUUCUUCUUUUAAAUUUUUCUGUCUCUGUAUUCCCGGGUGUUGUAAAAGAAGUAGCUACAUCAGAUCUGAAUGACUUCCCUCUAAUAUCGCGCGAUGGCUGGCACGCUGAACCUUCGGCGAACCAAAAACUAUUAAAACUGCCUACUCCUUACGUUGUGAUACAUCACACAUACAUACCAAAAGCCUGUUACUCGUUUGAAGAAUGCGCAAACGCCAUGCGGUCUAUGCAGAGGUAUCACAAAAGCAGCUUGAAAUGGGGUGAUAUUGGAUACAAUUUCUGUAUCGGCGCAGAGGGUACCGCCUUUGAAGGACGAGGUUGGGAUUAUAAAGGUAUUCAUGCUGGUCGAGCGAACAACCACAGCAUCGGUAUCUGCAUGAUUGGUGAUUGGAGAGAAAAACUGCCACCUAAAAAAUCAAUGGACACGCUGAAAGCUCUAAUUAAAAUCGGAGUACAGAUGGGCAAAAUAAGAGAAGACUACAAACUAAUAGGACAUAUGCAGGCUAUGAGCACAGAGUGUCCAGGAACUGCACUAAUGGCAGAAAUCUCCACCUGGAAAAAUUUUGCACAGGGUAAACCUGAUUUUGCACAAAUAAGUUCUAUCAGUAAUUAA